AUGCCGGGCUCCGAGACGGGCAAGACUCCAACUUUUGUCAACUUUCUGCGAAUAUGGCUCAGUUUUGUUGCCGUCAUGGCCAUAGGAAACACAGUUCAAUGUUUUAUCAGUCCAUAUUUAUUUGGCAGACUGUACACCGUAGAUGAAAAGAAUGUGAGUGACCUCGCAGCUCGAUUGUUUGGCAUCUGGACAUUGCUGGCAGGAGGUCUAAGACUGAUGUGUGCUUUAGAUGUUUACAAUAAAAUGUUGUAUCAUGUGACACUGUUCUCAUUUGUUUUGGCAUGUGGUCACUUCCUGUCAGAAGUGCUUGUGUAUGGGACGGCAACCUUUACUGCCACCAUUGUGGCACCAGUCAUAGUCUCUAGUGUGUCCACAAUACUCAUGGCUGUUGGUUAUUUUGUUAUUGACCCAGAAGAUCCUAGAACUCUUUGUGUGGAUGAAAAUGCAGAAAUCCUGAAAUCUAGACCAAAGAAGAUCAGAUGA